UUUUUCCGGCCCUCUCAUUUAUCAUUCAAAAGCUAGCGAGAGAAGUAGAGGGUUCCUCUUUGAAGACGCAGAUGCACCAGCACCAUGCAGGGCAGAGGAAUUGUUCUUCUGGGCUUGUUCUAUCUCAUUUCCAAAAUAAUGACACAAACAAAUAAAGAUCAGGAUGCGUGUGCAGAUUCCACAGUGUGCCCACCAUAUUCCAUCUGUAUCAACACCCCAGGAAACUACACUUGUAACUGCAAACGUGGUUUUUUAAUGAUGAAAAGUAAUGAUAACAGAAUGGAGUGCCAAGAUGUGGAUGAAUGUUCUGAGAAUCCCCAUCAUUGUGGUCCCAAUACUAAAUGCACCAACACUUUUGGAAACUACGCCUGCAGCUGUUUGUCUGGAUUCUUUUCUCCCAAUGGAAACUCUUGGGUUCCUGGAAAGACAGGGCCUUUCCAAUGUACAGAUGUGGAUGAAUGUUCUGAGAAUCCCCAUCGUUGUGGUCCCAAUACCAAAUGCACCAACACCAUUGGAAGUUAUACAUGCAGCUGUUUGUCUGGAUUCUCUUCUCCCAGUGGAAACUCUUGGAUCCCUGGAAAGACAGGGCCUUUCCAAUGUACAGAUCAGGAUGAGUGUGCAGAUUCCACAGUGUGCCCACCAUAUUCCAUCUGUAUCAACAUCCCAGGAAACUACACUUGUAACUGCAAACGUGGCUUUUUAAUGAUGAAAAGUAAUGAUAACAGAAUGGAGUGUCAAGAUGUGGAUGAAUGUUCUGAGAAUCCCCAUCGUUGUGGUCCCAAUACCAAAUGCACCAACACCAUUGGAAGUUAUACAUGCAGCUGUUUGUCUGGAUUCUCUUCUCCCAGUGGAAACUCUUGGAUCCCUGGAAAGACAGGGCCUUUCCAAUGUACAGAUCAGGAUGAGUGUGCAGAUUCCACGGUGUGCCCACCAUAUUCCAUCUGUAUCAACACCCCAGGAAGCUACAUUUGUAACUGCAAACGUGGUUUUUUAAUGAUGAAAAGUAAUGAUAACAGAAUGGAGUGCCAAGAUGUGGAUGAAUGUUCUGAGAAUCCCCAUCGUUGUGGUCCCAAUACCAAAUGCACCAACACCAUUGGAAGUUAUAUAUGCAGCUGUUCAUCUGGAUUCUCUUUUCCCAGUGGAAACUCUUGGGUCCCUGGAAAGACAGGGCCUUUCCAAUGUACAGAUAUCAAUGAGUGUCUCAGUGAAACAGCUUGCCCCCAGCAUUAUACCUGUUGGAAUACUCCAGGAAGUUUUGAUUGUACCUGUGGAGCUGGAUUCACCUUUAUUAAUUCUCAAUGUGAAGAUGUGGAUGAAUGUAUGAAUGUCACAGCUUGUCCAGCACAUGCUACGUGUACCAACACACCAGGAAACUAUUCCUGCACCUGCAACCUUGGCUAUAAGUCCAGAACUUCAGAAGUGAGCUUCCAAAACCAGGGAACACAGUGCAAAAGGACUCUUGUCAAGUGCAAAGAAGACUUGGAUCAGGAACAGGUGCAGCAUUGCCACAGCAACUCAACUCUCCCUGGGCUCCCAGAAUAUACACAGGCUUCCUUCUGCAUGCUACUGGACUCCAUCUUCAAUGUUCUGGAAGACACCUGUGAGAAUAAGACCACCACUGUGUCUUUAGAGAAAGCUGCUGAGAAGUUGGCAUCUGUUCUCGAAGAGACAUCCACAUGGCACAACUUGAAUGAGAAGGAGACCUCAACCCUGGCAAUAAUUUUUCUGGACAGUGUGGAGAGUGCCAUAUUGGAAGCUUUUAAAAGUCUUUCUGGGAAUGCCAGUCAGACAGUGACAAAUGAAUAUCUAGAGAUUGAAAGCAGAGUUAUCCAAGAUGACUGCCUGGCCGAAAACUUAGUCUUGUCAGCCAAAGGUGAUUCCAUGAAGAUUGAGUGCAGUACCAUCAGUGAAUCUAUAUCCUCAGGCUCAUUGUCAGGUAUCACGGGAGUAGCUUUUACCUCUCUCCUGGGCAUGGAGUCCAUUCUGAAUGAAAAUUUCUUCUACAAUCCAGAGGCUAACUCAAUCAACUCUCCUCAGAAACUUUGGAUGAAUUCUCGCGUUGUAGGUGGUAUUAUCACUGGCGACAAGAAAGACAGUUUCUCCAAUCCAAUCAUCUAUACUUUGGAGAAUCUCCAACCAAAGAAGAGAUCGGACACAUCCAUCUGCGUCUCCUGGGAUAUAAAUGUUGAAGGUGGGCGGUGGACACCUAAAGGCUGUGUGACACUUCAUUCUACUGAAACACACACCCAGUGCAGCUGCAAUCACCUGGCCAACAUGGCUGUUAUCAUGGCUUCUGGGGAAAUUACGAUGGACUUUGCCUUGUUUGUGAUAAGCCACGUGGGGCUGAUUCUUUCACUAGUGUGCCUUGCCUUGGCCAUUGCCACUUUCCUGCUGUGCCACUCCAUCCAGAAUCACAACACCACCCUCCACCUGCACCUGUGCAUCUGCCUCUUCCUGGCUGAGCUCCUCUUCCUCACAGGAGUGGCCAAGACGGAGAAUAAGAUAAUAUGUGCAGUCAUUGCUGGCGUGCUGCACUACUUCUUUCUGGCCUGCUUUGCCUGGAUGCUGGUGGAGGCUGUGAUACUUUUCCUGAUGGUCAGGAACCUCAAGGUUGUGAACUACUUUAGCUCCCAAAAUAUCAAAGUGAUCUAUCUCUGUGCCUUUGGUUAUGGUCUUCCGGCACUAAUUGUAGCGGUGGCUGCUGGAAGCCGAUGGGAAGGCUAUGGGAUGCAUGACCGCUGCUGGCUAAAUACUGACACUGGAUUCAUCUGGAGUUUCCUGGGACCUGUUUGCACAAUAAUAAUGAUUAAUUCAAUACUCCUAGCUUGGACCCUUUGGAUUCUGAGAAAGAAGUUGUCCAGUGUCAAUGCAGAAGUAUCAACCCUCAAAGACAACAGGUUACUGACAUUUAAAGCCUUUGCUCAACUCUUCAUCCUGGGAUGCUCCUGGAUUCUGGGAAUUUUUCAGAUUGGUCCCAUAGCAAGAAUCAUGGCUUAUUUAUUUACCAUCAUCAAUAGCCUACAAGGAACCUUCAUUUUCAUCAUCCACUGUGUCCUCAAUCGCCAGGUACGAGAAGAAUAUAAAAAAUGUUUCACAGGGAAAGCCAAAUCUAGCACCCUUUCUCAGUCUUCAGGAAUCUUGUUAUCCUCGGUGCCAUCCACUUCCAAAAUGGACUGAAGUCUCUUUAAGCUCCUGAAGAUAUCACAGAAUAACAAGGAAUAUGUCAGCAAAGACAAAUUCAUUGGGAUUCUUUUGUAAGCUAUCCCAAGCUUAAUGUGAUAAUGCAGCAGGAUAGUCAUCUGGAGCAGUUGUCAAGUACAUCGAAGACAUCUGAAACAUCUGUCUCCCACUAUGAUUCCCUUUGUCCACUUUGAAGUUAUGACUUCUGCUUCAGGAAUCCAAGGUUACAGAGAUAGUUAAUCCUUGUAACUUGAGAAAGCAAAAGCCAUACAUCCCAAGUGAUCAAUUUUGUUAACAAAUAUUAUUUAUUUCUUAAUUUAUUUUUUUUUUGCAAGGUAUCUUCCCCUAUCCAAUUGUUAAACAUUUAUUCUUUCCCCUUCAUUCCAUUUCUUCUCCUAACUGAAAAAGAAAAGAAAAAAAACCUUGGAAUAAAUAUAGGUAGUUAAACAAAUAAAUAUAGAUAUAUAGAUAAAUGUAGAUAGUAACAAAUUCUCAUAUCAGUCUUGUGAAAAAAUUGAGUCUAAUUCUACAUAUUUAAUCUAUCACCUCAGGACGUGAUGAAUUCUUUGUCAGUGAUACUGCUUCAUCCCAAGUUCUCUGGAAUCAUGUUUGAUCCUUGUAUAUUAAUUAGAAUUCUUUAGUCUUUCAAAAUUCUUAAUUUUUCAGUGUUUCUGUUAUAGUACAAAUGGUUCUCUUGGCUCCAUUCACAUCAUUCUUCAUCAGUUCAUACAAGUCUUCGAAAUUUUCUUUGAACAACUUGCUAUAAAUGAACAAAUGCCUCUUGCUGCUUGUAUGAGCUAAGAGGAGUCCCAUUCUCUCUGUGCUAAAGUUACCUUAUUUAGAGAAAGAGGAAGUUGGACCCAACUAUAUACUUCCUUAGAUCUCUUCUGUCUCUAAAUCACCCUAUUCUUUGAUAUGGAAGCAUGUCAUUUUAACUUUUAUGGGUCUCAUUUUUCUAGCUGUAAAAUUAGAAAAUUAUGCUAAUGAUCUCUAAAGUCCUUUCUAGCUCUGCACCCUAGGAGUUUUAAAUUAGUGAUGAAUAGGAGAAUCUCUUGGCAUUGAUCUUCCCUCUGAGAAGUUUAUUUGGGAUAGCAGCAGUGAUUCUGCUCUCCCCCCAGACAAAUUUUCCAUUGUUCUCAAAAAUGGCCAAUUCAAUCCAAAGGCUCCAUUUUACUUGCCCACAGGAUUUCCCUUCAAACACUUGAUGUUUCAGUCAAACUGAAUAAUUAUCAAUCCCUUUUUUCAUCUUUCCUUUCUCCUUCUCUGGGAUUUUGUUCAAAUUAUCCUCAUGUCUCCAAAUUAACUCCUUUUCCCAUUUCCAUCAUCAUCCAUUAAAUUUCCACUUUCUAAGCCUUUCAUUAUAUGUCCAAUUGGAAGAGAUUUCCCUUUCUUUUGAUUUCCAUAGUAUUUUACCUGAGCCUUGCCUUUCUCCUUAGCUCACAAGGGAUGCAUCCUAAUUAUUUGUGCAACUGUCCUUCCCCAUUGUUGUUAUUGUUCAAUUUUCUUUUACUUGUGUCUGCUUCUUUGUGAUCCCACUUGGAACUUUUUUGGCAGAAAUAUUGGAAUGGUUUGCCAUUUCCUUUUUCAACUCAUUUUACAGAUGAGAAAACUGAGGCAAACAGAGUUAAGGCACUUGCCCAGGGCCUCACAGCUAGUAAGUGUCUGAGACCAGAUUUGAACUCAUGAAGAUGAAUUGUGUGUGCUAUGGCACCACCUAGCUGUCUUUACUUCUCCUGUUAGAGUAUAAAUUAAAAAUGAGAGCAGAUGCUAUGUCCUAUUAAUCUUUGUGUCCCUGACACUGGAAUUUCAUUGUGUAUUUAAUAAAGAGUUAAUAAAAUGUUUGAAAAAGAAA